UCCCGAUGUCCAUCCCGGGGUCCCGCUGCCCAUCCCGGGGUCCCGCUGCCCGUCCCGGGGUUCCACUGCUCAUCCAGGGGGUCUCAUUGCCCAUCCCGGGGGUCUCAUUGCCCAUCCCGGGGUCCCACUGCCCAUCCCGGGGUCCCGCUGCCCAUCCCGGGGUCCCGCUGCCCGUCCCGGGGUUCCACUGCUCAUCCAGGGGGACUCAUUGCCCAUCCCGGGGGUCUCACUGCCCAUCCCGGGGUCCCGAUGCCCAUCCCGGGGUCCCGCUGCCCGUCCCGCACCGCCCGCAGCCCCCCGGGACGCUCCCUCGGGCGCUGCCGUGGCGCGCACGGUGCCGUGCUCGGCCCGGCCGGGCUGCGGGGAGCGGCCCCGGAGGGACACGGCGUGGGACCCCCCCCCUCCGCAGUGCCGCUCAUUGCCACCUCGCCCGUGCGCAGCCGGUGCCACCGGCAGCGGGGACCGAACCCGCGGUGACCCCCGGGCCACCUGUGACCGCUCAGGCCUGGCUGCCCCGGCCCGCCCCGCUCCCGAUAAGAGUUCGCGUGCCCGAUAAGGGCUCCCGGUCCCCGGAGGGGCCCCAGCCGGCCGUGCACACUCAGCACUUUCCAGCGGGGCUAUUUAAAGCCGGCCAAGAGCCCAGUGGCCCUUUCUUUCUUUCUUUCUUCCUUCCUUUCUUUCCCUCCCCCGCAGGCUCGGCCCGCGCAGCUGGACUUUCCUCCUGCGGCCAUGAGCUCCGGAGCGGCGGCGGGGCCGAUCUUCGCCGAGGGCGAGGACUGCAGGGCGGCCUGGAGGGAAGCCACGGCGGGCUACGAUGAGCCCGAUGCGCACCUGGAGAUCCUGGGCAAGCCGGUGAUGGAGCGCUGGGAGACUCCCUACAUGCACUCGCUGGCCACCGUGGCCGCGUCCAAGGGCGGCCGCGUGCUCGAGGUGGGCUUUGGGAUGGCCAUCGCCGCCUCCAAGGUGCAGGAGCUCGGCAUCGAGGAGCACUGGAUCAUCGAGUGCAACGAGGGCGUUUUCCGGCGCCUGGAGCAGUGGGCCAAGGCACAGCCACACAAGGUGGUGCCCCUGAAGGGGCUGUGGGAGGACGUGGUGCCAGCGCUGCCGGACGGGCACUUCAGCGGGAUCCUGUACGACACCUACCCGCUGUCGGAGGACACCUGGCACACGCAUCAGUUCAACUUCAUCAAGGGUCACGCCUUCCGCCUGCUGCGGCCCGGAGGGGUCCUCACCUACUGCAACCUGACCUCGUGGGGGGAGCUGCUCAAGACCAGCUACAGCGACAUCGAGAAGAUGUUUGAGGAGACCCAGGUGGGGCCGCUGCUGCAGGCGGGCUUCAGGCGGGAGAACAUCAGCACGAGGGUGAUGGAGCUGCAGCCGCCCCCCGAGUGCCGCUACUACUCGCACCCCAGGAUGAUCACCCCCACCGUCCUCAAACACUGAGGGGCCCGCCCGGGGAGCAGGAGCUGAUGAGGAGGAGAAAAGCUCUGAUCUCCUUUAAAGCCCCUCAGAGAUGGGUGGAGGCUUGGGAUGGAUUCCAGGGCACAAAAGGAGAGGACACCCCCAGCCCCAGGAUCCCCCUGCCCUGGAGGGGUCUUGUGGGCUCUGUGGAAGAUCUCACCCUGCUCUGUCCCCUCAAGACUUCAAAUUCUCAAUUAAGCUGUAAUUUCAGAGCGUGCUUCGGAGCCUUUGGUUCCAGAACCAGCCAUUUCCUCUAAAAACUGCAUCAUUUUGAGAAAUCACAGGGUGGCUUCCCACAAGAGUCAAAUAAUCCAAUCCAGGUGGGAGAAAUGGGGCAAUCUGAGGCAUUUUGAGGCAUUUCAACUUCUCCUGAAGCAACUCCCCAGGGAGGUUUCCCAACAUUUUCGGCCAAAGCCCUCGGCAGCAAAUCCUGACCCCAACACCCCCUCACAGCUCAAUAAAUGUUUCCUCUCUCCCCAGAAGGGAUAAAGUCCAUUAAAAGGAAUGAAAUACCCAAA